AGAAACAUUUACUGCAAUAAUCACGGGUGCAAGUAAAGGUGGCAAUUUAACUCAGGCCAGAUAUUGGUAUAAUCAAAUGAUUAAACAAGGAAUUUCGCCAGAUCAUAUGCUGCUUUCUAUGAUGAUAAGAGCCCAUGCCGAUGAUGCAAAAGAAAUCGAUAAAACUUUAACAUUAUGGAAUGAUUUUCAUUAUUUUGGCAUUGCACCUGAUGAUGAUGACAUUAUAUAUGUAUUAAAUUUGUGUGCAGAGACAAAUCAUUGGAGAGACGAAAUCAAAAUUCUUGGUCAAUUGAAGGAGUUAGGUUAUGAUGCCGAUUCAUACAAAGCAAGAAUAACGGAAAAGAAACAACAAUCUAACGAUGGAGCUGAAUCAAAGAUGGAUCCGGAUGAAGAGUAUUAUGAAGAAUACGGUGAGUACCUUAAAACAAGAUCGACCAAUAUGUCUAUUAUAAAGGUGAAAGAAAGGAUGCAAAAAUGGGUUCGAGAUAUAGCGAAAAUAAGUUCUCAGAAAAUGGAUGAUAACGCUAAAAGUAGAGUUGAACAAUGGACUCCUUACAGGAAACACCAAUUACCCAUAAUGGGGACGAAAGGUUAA